UUUAAAGGAAAAUGGAAAAUCCGGCCACAAACCAACCUGAUUAAUGAGGCUAAAACCCUACUGUCAAAAACCCCUCUUCAUAUCCUUUCUCCAUGGCUAAACACUUCUCUCACACAUUCACGCACUAAUACCCCCCAUUGAACUCUUAAAAUUCAACCAUUCCGAUCUCUAAUUCCCCCGACCCAAAUGCCAAUUUGAUACAGUAUUGAAUUGAAAGCGUCAUCAUCAUCACUACUCCAAUUUCAUGGCGACUAAGAGGAAAAAACAGAAUGUUCAUCACAAGAACUCCGAGGAUUCUGGUGUUGUUGCAAAUGGAGUCAAAACCAGUGAUAGAAACAGUAAGCGUAAAAUUACAGCUCAGAAGAAGCAGCAACAACUGUUCAUGAAUGAAGAUGAUUACCGCCGUAGGCUUCAGGAGGUUUUAUACAGUCCUGAAUAUAUUCUCGAGAAAAUUUUCAGGGAGGAUGGACCGGCUCUCGGCGACGAGUUUGAUUCUCUUCCAGAUAAUGCUUUUCGGUAUUGUAACCCAGGUUCGAGAAAGUCUCACCGUGCUUGCCAAGAGAAUCAAAGAGCAUUCAAAAGGCAAAAGAUCUCAGCAUCUCUGAGUUACCAACCGAUAUGUGAGGAAAGUUAUCCAGCAAAUGUGCGUGAUUCUGGUGAAGGUGGCAGCAGUGCUUCAGGUUGUAAGCACGGGAUAGGGAAAGGCUUCAUGACUGCAAAUGGUCUGAGAAGACAUGGCAAGGGAAAAGGUUUGAUGACUAAGAACAAUACCCCUGGGAUGAGACAUGGAGCUGGGAAAGGUCUGAUGACACUUUGGCGGUUGAUGAACCCUGAAAUGAGAUGUCCUCCUGCUAGUAAGGGAAGUUUUGGAUCUAAAAGAUCUGUCCCCGAGAGAAGGAAGAGUUUACAACGCUGGCAGACACUUAUGAAAAAAAGAUUGUUGGAGAAAAAGAAGCCUUCUACAAAAUGUCGGAAGAAAAUACGUGACAUGGGUGGCAAUGACAAAUUUGAGAAGGCAAAGGAACCUCGCAAAGAUAAGUGUGAGCUCUCUCUUGAAUGGUUGGGUUCUCAAGAAAACAUUGACCAAUUUGCAGCGCUGGUCGACGAUGAGGAGUUGGAGCUCAGAGAGUUACAAGCAGGACCGAAUCCAUUGACUUGCUCCGCACAUUUUGCAAAUAAUGGGUUGCAUGGCUGUUCCCUUUGCAAAGAUUUGCUUGCCAAGUUCCCUCCACACUCUGUCUCAAUGAAAUUGCCAUUGUAUUCACAACCUUGGGAUUCCUCUCCAGAGCUAGUAAAGAAGCUUCUGAAGGUCUUCCAUUUCCUCUGCACAUAUGCUGUGAUUAUUAAUGUCACAUCAUUUACCUUUGAUGAGUUUGCCAUAGCAUUUGAAGAUCAGGACUCGUUAUUGCUGGGUCAAGUUCAUGUGGCUCUUCUCAAGGUUCUUUUAUCUGACAUUGAAAUGGAGCUCAAGAGCGUUUACUUUUCUCAUGCCUGUAAAAAUUCCAAGUUUGUACAGUUGCUUCGCUCGGUUGAUGAAAAAAUGUUUCUUUUAGAAUUGUGGCAAAAGGCAUUGAAUGCCAUGACUUGGACUGAAAUAAUGCGCCAAGUGCUUGUUGCUGCUGGGUUUGGUUCUAAGCUCGGUACAUUUUCUAAGGAAGCCAAAAAGGAGGUCAGCUUUAUGGCAAAGUAUGGCUUAACUCCUGGUACAUUGAAGGGUGAAUUGUUUAGUACUCUGCUAACCCAAGGAAAUAAAGGAAUGAAAGUGUCGGAGUUGGCAAAAAUUCCAUCGAUUGUGGAUCUGAAUCUUGCUGCUGCAACCCAUGAACUAGAGCUACUUAUAAGCUCAACGCUGUCAAGUGACAUUACAUUAUUCGAAAAGAUUUCUGUCUCUGGAUACCGUUUGCGUGUUGAUCCUAUGGCAAAGGAACCUCGAAAUAGCCCAUCUGAUUCUGAAGACUUUGGCAGUGUUGAUGAUGACCUUGAUCUAAGUGAUACUUCUGAGGAUUCUGAGUGCGAGAUGAGGAGCUGCAGUUCAUUUAAACUUAAACAAAAGAAAAUUCGCUCAUCUAAGGAGAACAUUUUAGCAUCGUGCACUGAAAUUGAUGAAAGCCACCCAGGAGAAGCUUGGUGUUUGGGUCUGAUGGAAGGUGAAUAUUCAGACUUAAGCAUUGAAGAGAAGCUGAGUGCCUUAUUGGCCUUGGUUGAUCUUCUCAGCUCUGGAUCAAGUUGCAGAAUCGAGGAUCCUGUAUCUGCAAUUGCUACGUCUGUUCCCAAAGUUGGUCAUGGAUCUGGGGCCAAAAUUAAGAGAUCAACAGGAAAGCAGAAUUGUGUACCCAUUCAAGGGGGGGGGUACAACGCACUGCUGCUUUACCAUGGAGAUGUGAAUGCAACUUCAGGGCAUAAUCCUGUUGAUUCUAGGAUUCCCAUGUCAAAGAAUUAUGAUAGAGAAAAUUCAUCAAGCUGGACAAAUAAAGAAAGGGGAGCUUCAGAUGAUUUGCAUCCUAUGCAGUCUAUUUAUCUGGGUUCUGACCGCAGGUAUAAUAGAUACUGGCUUUUCUUAGGCCCUUGUAGUGGACGUGAUCCAGGUCAUAAGAGGAUAUAUUUUGAAUCUUCGGAUGAUGGACACUGGGAGGUUAUCAACAAUGAGGAGGCUUUGUGUAGUUUAGUGUCAGCUUUGGACCGUAGGGGUGUUAGGGAGGCAUUCCUCCUAUCAUCCCUGGAAAAGCGAGAAUUGUAUCUCUGCCAAGCAAUGUCUAAUAUAGUAAUUUCAUCUGGAAUCGGGCAACUAACACAAUCUGAUCAGUCUGACCAGAAUAUAUCAAGAGAGGAUAGUUCAUCGGCUGUCUCUGAUGUGGACAACAGCUCAUCAUUGGUUGAAAUGCAGAGUAAUGCUGCUACUUCUGCUGCCAUUGCAUGUGAAAAGGGAAGGAAAACGCAACAGCAGAAAGAUAAAUGGGCUCGUGCUCAGGCAUUUGACCGAUGGAUAUGGAAGUCCUUUUACUUCGAACUUAAAACGGUUAAGCAUGGGAAAAAGUCCUAUGUUGAUUCUCUUACUAGAUGUGAACACUGCCGUGACCUCUACUGGAGAGAUGAGAAGCACUGUACAAUCUGUCAUACAACAUUUGAGCUUGACUUUGAUCUCGAAGAGAAAUUUGCCAUUCAUAUUGCCACAUGUCGGGAAGACUUAAAUAUUGAUCAGUUCCCAAAACAUAAAGUGUUAUCAUCACAGUUGCAAGCACUUAAAGCUGCGCUUUCGUCAAUAGAGCUGGUGAUACCUGAUGAACUCAUGGUUGGUGCAUGGGCCAGAUCUACUCACAAUCUUUGGGUCAAAAGACUACGGCGUGCUUCAACUUUGGCUGAGUGUUUACAGGUGAGGAAUCCAUUCAUCUUUCAACUUAAGUGGGUUUGCCAUACUGAACAUCAAGUUUUUUUAAUUUGGUUCGUGCAUCACGGAACAAGUUGCAAUGUGCCCUGGUCAAUUUAGUUCAUGUUCUUGCUUGAAAGAAAUUGAGUUGAUUUUUCUUCUACAAACAAAUUUUCUUGAUAUACUCUCUUGUAGGUUAUUGCUGACUUUGUCAAUGCUAUCAACGAGGACAUGUUCUACCAAUAUGAUAAAUCUCAAGAAACAAGUUUUGUUUUGGAAGAGAUUGUCUCCAGUUUUCCAUCCAUGCCGCAGACAUCAUCCGCAAUUGCUUUUUGGUUGGUGAAGUUAGAUGAAUUGGUUGCCCCUCAUCUGGAAAGAGUCCAAUCCAGACAAAAACUGGAAGUGAUUAAGCGACUUGAAGGUUAGGGCUUUUAUAAGCAGUAAUUGUUGGAGCAUGGCUUCUUUCACUUGUUGAUGGACAAAAUUUGAGAUUUGUUGUCUCUGUGGUCAGUCCAUGUUCCUCCAUCAUGCAGUAGAAAAUCAGAAGCUUGUUUCUCUCCAUUUUAUCCUGUCCCUUUGAUCUAUUUUACCAAAGCUAAUCUUUAAGCAUGUGUGAGUAAUGUGGUUUGAUUGUUGAAGUUGUUACGCACUCCUGAGAAACAAUUUUAGCGCCGAGGGUAUGUGUGAAUUCUCUGAUUUCAUUUGAUCCAUUGUCAAAUAUAUCUGCUAGAUUUUAGGGUGAAUUAAUCAUUGUGGGAAUUCAUUUUGUACCUUGGGUACUGCAGAUUCCAUUUGUUGGUUACUCAUACAGAGGCAGUUAUCUUUCUUCUCUGAUGAAUCUGGGACUAGAAUGCAUUUUCCUAAUGUUAUGGAUGAAGCAAAGAUGUUGAUAUAGCUACCAGAUUCUUAAACCCUCCACUCUUUGCUACUGUUAUUGAUUCAAUGCUUUACAUUUUUCAGGGAGGAGAGCUUCACAUCGAAGUUGAUCACUUAUUAGUGCCUGAUUCAAGGGCAAAGUGUACGCACUGGUGGAGCUUCACACUGAUAAUUAAUCUCUUGAUUUUAUUCUGCGCCCAUUAUUUAGGAAAGCAAUUCAAGGGAGUGACUGACUAGACAGUUAUCAACUUUACACUAAUCUUGGUGUUUGGAGGAUAAAAGUCUGGCUGUGAUGUUCGGAGAGGUCCAACGCGAAAUCUAACAAGUUGUCAAAUAUGUGUACAAAUGUAUUUUAGUGCUACUUUGAUACCUGAAUGAUCUGUCAGUGUACAGCAGUUGAAGAUAGAUUAGGUGCAACGAAAGAUAAGUUGUAAUCUGCUGCGAUAUGCACUUGGCCAGCCAGCGUAUGUCAUCUCAUUUGUAGCAGAAUGCAAAGACCAGUGUUUCCAGCGAGUUGGAAAUAAAAUUUUGAUCCGGCUGAGGAAGUUUCUCCAACACAGUAAUGUGUUUGUGUCAUUGGCCAUGAACAAAUUAGGGCUACUCGCCUCUACAUCUUUAGCUUACUAAUUACACUUGCAAGUUGUAUCCUCGUGCACUUUGGAAAGGAAAAAUGUAUACCCACAUGGAAAACAAACAGUUGUGCUUGUUCAAUUUCUUUUGGGGAAUCCAUUAACACAAAAUCUCCGCA